AUGUGGUUCUUCCUGAAGGACACGUCGGCCGCGACCAUACGUGCCAUCAUCGAGUUUAUGUACAAGGCCGCCGCCGCCGUCUCCCGUGUGGAGAAGGUGGACCUGACGGAGGAUGAUGACGGUGACGUCAGCCUGGACGCCACGCUCGGCUAUGUGGCCGAAUACGAGGGCAGCUACGGCGAGCCGGACCUCUCCGUCAGCGCUUUGGUGGCCGGCGGCGCCACGGCGGCAGCGGCGGGCGGGCAGCCGGGACCGUCGCAGCGACCUCUGGAUGACACCGGACCGCCAGGCGGUGUGGCCUGUGAGAUCUGUGGCCGGCUGUACUCGCGCGCCCUCUCGCUGGAACACCACAAGAAGGUGCACGAGGGCCUGACCACGUGUCCCGUGUGUGGCGUAGUGGCCAGCCGCGUGGCCCACCUGCGCCGCCACAUGGAGAAGGUGCACCACCUGUCGGCCGAGCACAUCUGGAGCCUGGUGCCGAGCAGGCGCAGCGGUGCCGCCGUCUGAAGCUGCUGCUCGGACGGGUGCUGCAGGACCGCGGCGGCGACAGGCGACCACCAGUUGUGACCUGAAGAUGCACGACAGGUGCCAACGAGGCUAGAGCCACGUGCAAGCCCGAUUUGUGAGCCUAGCUUGGAAGGGAGGAUGUCGGGCUCGGCUGUUGGCCGCGGUUUGCCAC